AUGGAGGGCAUCUACUCGGAGUAUUUUACUCUGGAGGCAGGUGUUCCCCAAGGAGAGGUAGUUAACCCUAUCCUUUUCAUCAAGCAUAAAGUGAUCGGUGCGUUUGCAAGUAGUGAGAAAGAACUUGAUGUCUUACGACAUCUGAGAAAAGACCCAAAGGUGGAUUUUUGGAAUGAGCCGAUCGAGGAAUACGAAAAAGUCAGCAUUCACACUUCCCCGGACGUGGAAAAAACAGUGCUUAAAGAACUGAGUGAUAAUGGAAUAGAUUUUUAUAUAAUAACAGAUAAUCUGAAAAGAUUGAUUGAAGAUGAGCGCAACAAUAAUCAGCCAGGAGGAUUUUUGGAAGGAAGAGACGUGACGAAGUUUAACUUGGACGUUUAUCAUAAUAUGGAAGAGAUUAAUAUAUAUAUUGAAGAAAUAGCUAAGAAUCAUGAUAUAGCUUCCAUUCAACGCAUUGGAACAAGUGUAGAAGGAAAUUCAAUUGUUGGUUUGAAGAUUGGAUCUCUAAGUACUUCUGGAACUCAAAAACAAGCUGUGUGGAUAGAUGCAGGCAUCCAUGCUCGAGAGUGGGCUGCUCCUGCUACUGCUCUUUAUUUAAUUCAUUAUUUGGUGAAUGGAUAUGGAAUUGAUGAAAAAGUCACAAAACUUAUCAAUACUUAUGACUGGUAUAUUUUUCCAGUGGUUAAUCCUGAUGGUUACAAAUAUACCUGGAAUGGAGAUCGAAUGUGGAGAAAAAACAGAUCACUUCCCCCUCAAAGAGGAGAACUAAGAAACUGCCUGGGAGUUGAUAUAAAUCGUAACUUCGAUGCUAUGUUUGGAGGAAAAGGAACAACUGAUGACAUAUGUUCUGAUAUAUAUAGAGGAGAAUCAGCUUUUUCUGAACCAGAGACUAGAGCCAUAAGAGAUGCUGUUUUACAGUUAAAGGGCCGACUGAAAGCAUAUUUUACACUACAUUCUUAUUCACAGUUGUGGAUGUGUCCUUAUGGUCACAGCCUAACAUAUCCUUUAAACUACAAUGAUCAAUUUCAAGCUCUACAUACUGCUAUAAAUGCUGUUUGGAAAAAACAUGGGAAAUACUACAAGUUUGGAAGCAUUGCAUCUGUGAUCUACCCUGCUGCUGGAUCUUCAAUAGAUUGGGUGUAUGAUAAUGUUGGUGCUAACUACUCUAUUGCUUUGGAGCUUCGUGAUAGAGGUGAACAUGGAUUCUUUCUUCCUCGUAAGGAAAUAAUCCCAACAGGAGAGGAAACUUGGGCUGGUAUUGAGGCUAUGUUGCUUAACGUUUCCAACAACUAAUUAUUUCUCUUAUCAAUUGUUUCUUUUAAACCUUUCAGAAAGUACAUAUUUUUCAGAUCUAAAACUGAAUUAUUUUUCUGGGACCAAUCAGGAAAGAGCAAGAGCAUGACGGGUUCCUAAUACAAUUUAUGUAAUGAUGACUCAUAAUGUGUGAUCCAACAACACAUAUACCCAAAUAAGAGAGAUUAUUUUACAUACUACCAUCAGGAGUUUUUAAAAAAUACAUUUAUAAUUAUGAGCAUAUUGGGCAUAUAUUUUAUCUAAAGUAUUUAGUAAAUCUGAAGCAUUGUUUAGUGUCAGAGGUAUUCUAGAACAAUUUUUGUUUACGAAAUCUUAGUUAUAAACCAUGAAGCUAAGAUUAUCACCAUGCAUAAUUAAGGCUGUAGUUCCUUUCUUGUAAAUGUGGUAAAAUUAACUCCUUUGCAUUAUAUUCAAAGUUUAUAAUAGUCAUCUGUUAGAUAUUGCAUUUAAUUAAUUACAAAUAAAUCUAAAAUCACUGCUCAUAAGCACAGAGAGAUUUUAAUAAUAAAUAUACUAACUAAAGUUGUAGGUAAGGCUCCCAAGUGUUAAUUCAGCAUGGUUUCAGAAUAUGACAGUUAAUAUUCCAUGUUUGCAUUUUUAUCUUACUUACUUUAUCAGUUGAUGUUUAUUGCUGAUUUUUACACAUUUGUAUACAGAAUUUUUUGCUUUUU